AAACGAGAUUGCAGUGGUGGUAGUAGGAAGAUGUCAGGCAAGGAUGAGCAGCAGGAGCAAACUAUCGCUGAGGACCUGGUCGUGACCAAGUAUAAGAUGGAGGGUGACAUCGCCAACAGGGUACUUUGGUCCUUGGUGGAAGCAUCUAGCUCAGGUGUGUCGGUACUGAGCCUGUGUGAGAAAGGUGAUGCCGUGAUUAUGGAAGAAACAGGGAAAAUCUUCAAGAAAGAAAAGGAAAUGAAGAAAGGUAUUGCUUUUCCCACCAGCAUUUCAGUAAAUAACUGUGUAUGUCACUUCUCCCCUUUGAAGAGCAACCAGGAUUAUAUUCUCAAGGAAGGUGACUUGGUAAAAAUUGAACUUGGGGUCCAUGUGGAUGGCUUCAUCGCUAAUGUAGCUCAUACUUUUGUGGUUGAUGUAGCUCAGGGGACCCAAGUAACAGGGAGGAAGGCAGAUGUUAUUAAGGCAGCUCACCUUUGUGCUGAAGCUGCCCUACGCCUGGUCAAACCUGGAAAUCAGAACACACAAGUGACACAAGCCUGGAACAAAGUUGCCCACUCAUUUAACUGCACGCCAAUAGAAGGUAUGCUGUCACACCAGUUGAAGCAGCAUGUCAUUGAUGGAGAAAAAACCAUUAUCCAGAAUCCCACAGACCAGCAGAAGAAGGACCAUGAAAAAGCUGAAUUUGACAUACAUAAAGUGUAUGCUGUGGAUGUUCUUGUCAGCUCAGGAGAGGGCAAGGCCAAGGAUGCAGGACAGAGAACCACUAUUUACAAACAAGACCCUUCUAAACAGUAUGGACUGAAAAUGAAAACUUCACGUGCCUUCUUCAGUGAGGUGGAAACGUGUUUUGAUGCCAUGCCGUUUACUUUAAGAGCAUUUGAAGAUGAGAAGAAGGCUCAGAUGGGUGUGGUGGAGUGCGCCAAACAUGAACUGCUGCAACCAUUUAAUGUUCUCUAUGAGAAGGAGGGUGAAUUUGUUGCCCAGUUUAAAUUUACAGUUCUGCUCAUGCCCAGUGGCCCCAUGCGGAUAACCAGUGGUCCCUUCGAGCCUGACCUCUGCAAGUCUGAGAUGGAGGUCCAGGAUGCAGAGCUAAAGGCCCUCCUCCAGAGUUCUACAAGUCGAAAAACCCAGAAAAAGAAAACAAAGAAGGCCUCCAAGACUGCAGAGAAUGUCGCCAGUGGGGAAACAUUAGAAGAAAAUGAAGCUGGGGACAGGUGGGUCCCAUCUCCCCAGCUUGCUGCUCCUGCCUCAUCCCCUUCCCACCACACCCCGGACUCUGUGAAGCCCAGUUCUUCUUCUCCACCUAGGACCGCCAGCAGAGCAGGGGUCUCCCUGCCCCCACCCCAGUUCCCCAACCCACUCCCUUCCAACAACAACCAGCUCCAACUGACUCUGGUCUUGGGAGGCGAGGCUUCCCAACCACAGAAGACUACUUUAAAUGAAAAAAAGAAAUUGAAUAAUAAAGUCAAGAGUCAAAAAAAAAAAAAAAAGUGAUCUGGACUAGACUAGGCAAAUUACUAGCUUUGUGCUCUGAUACAUUACCAUUUGAAUCCCUUUUCUAAUCUCUGAUAUGGUAACAAUUAGAAAAUGGAUUUGCUUUUGGAUCAAUGGGCAAGAAAAGGAUUAUUUUCUAAAGUAAUUACCUGAAAGUUUGGCAACAUUGAAUAUAAAUUUUCCCUAAAAACCCUAAACUUUUGAAGUGAAAAGACCAUAGAGCAGCAUACCUAUGGACACGUUACUCAUAGAGACUAGCUUUUUAUCUCCCCAAAAUGAAAGGUUUUUUUUUUUUAAGUUUUAAGAAAUGAAAGAAAAUGCUAACACUAUCACUAAAAUUGACCAGCAUAUUCGGGGGAUAGCAAAAAAAAUAGUUAACUCUAACAUUAUUGGAGAAGUAUACAUAUGUUGCUUUUCUACUUGAAUUGCCCUUUCUGAAUAUUGGAAUUCAAUAUACAAAAGUUAAAUGUCAAUGUUGGCAGUAAAUCCUUUUGUCUUUUUUAAAAAACUAGAAAAAUCGCAGAGGUGUAUCAGACUCUCUGAGUUUCUCUAACUAUUAUAAAAUCAUAUCAUUACAGCCAUGAAGAAAUUUAGAUGUCAUGAAGAUCAAAUUCCUCAUUUUAUAGAUGAAGAAACAAAUUCAGACAGGAUAAUUAAUUUAUUUAUAAAAUACUAUUAUUAUUAUUGCCAGUACUAUGCAAGGCACUAGUAUUAGCCUGAGGAUUCAGCAGUGAACAGGACAGAUGUGGUCUCUUGCCCUGAAUCACCACAAAGUUAAUGGAGGAGCUGGAACCGGAAAUGAGCCUCUAGAUUUCAAACUGAAAGACUUCCAUUAAUCAACUACUGACUCUAUACCAGACCCUAAGUGUUUCACCUAACAUUAAGUCAUAUAACCUUCACUAAUUUAGAAUAAGGUGGAACAUGCCUUCCCACUCCCGAUGUCUCUCCUGUGUGUAGGGAGCUCUUUUACCAUAAUAAUCCUGGCUCCUCUUUGUUGGCUUAUUUACUUUACCCAAGGGGAGAGUGACUUAUCUGAGUUAGGAAAGAGUAACAGCAUGAGUAAUCCAGCCCCUUCCCUUCUCUUUUUUUGGGGUGUUGGGGGACUGAGCUGUCUGAAGGGAAUGUUUGUUCGGGUUUGCUCUUCCAGGCCCUAAGGAGAACAGGA